AUGGACGACGACGAACAGGUAUCCCGCCCCGACUACCGAGCCGACAGCGGCGAGGGCGAGCGCCCUCCCCCAGACGAGUACACCCGCCUGCUGCCCAACCGCGUCAACUCCAACAGAGAGUUCCUCUCUCCCGACGACCCUGCCGUGUCGCCGUACAACCUCUUUAGCAUCCGCGUCCUCCGCUACCUGACGUUCCUCUUCUCGGCGCUGACGUUUCUGUGGUGGCUGGUCCUGCUCAUCUCUGUGUUCGCGACGCCGCCCGGGUUUCACCAAAAGGGGAGCGGCUUCCUUGCGUUUGGCUACACGAGUUUGACCUUUGCCAACUUGUUCUUUGCCCUGCUCUUCUUCAGCGUGCCGUCCAAAGCGGUCAGGGUGCCGGCAAUUGUCAUUUCCGCCUUCCUUGCGCUCGACGUGAUCCUCCUCCUUGCGGUCCAGAAAACGAGGUACGAGGAAGGAUGGGUUGGAGUCGUUAGUGUUGUAUGGGCGCUGCUCAUGAGCGUGUGGUCCAUCAUCACGGACAGAACCGUCCAAUGGGGCAAGGCCGAGGAGGAGGAACGGUUGACGGGCCGCGCCGAGACGAGGAAAUCACUCGCGGAAUGGCUCGAGGUGCUGCUCUCGACCAUUGCCUACUCGGUCAUGGUGGUGGCUGUGGCCCUGAUCACGCUGAACAUCAUCCUGCGGGCCCUCGACGCGAGGAUUGCGCCUCCUGGAAAGCUGUACUGGGUUGACGACAACAAAUAUCGUAUCCAUUUGUACUGCCAUGGCAACAAGACGGACGACAACGGCAAGACGGUCACGACGGUGCUGUUCGAGGGGGGCGAGUGGCCCGUCGAGCACAGCCUAUGGGACUUUGCAGACAAUGCGGUCAAGAACGGGUCCAUUUCUCGCUAUUGCUUCGCAGACCGGCCGGGCCUGGCUUGGUCUGAUACCGCCCCGUCGCCGUCAUCUGCGGGCUUUGUCGUGGACGCCUUGAGCGAGGCCCUGGCCAAGGCAGGAGAGGGAGGUCCCUGGGUCCUCGCUGGCGCAGGCAUCGGCUCACUGUACUCGCGCGUGUUUUCAGCCCGCCACAGUCACGACGUUCGGGGCUUGCUGCUGAUCGAUCCCCUGCACGAAGAUCUGCUGGGCCCCGGCGCGGCGCCAGGCAGAGGCUUCUGGCUGUGGUUGAGAGGCGCCAUCUCGCCGCUUGGCCUGGAUCGCCUUUCCGGUGCGCUCUUCAGAGGACGCAGCAGCCGUGACCGCAUCUACGGCCGCUCCUCGCCGCAGUCUGGCAAGUUCAUCUUUGCCAAGCUGCAGGAGAGCUUGGUGCUCAACUCCUUCACGAAGCGCGACGUCGACAGCAGCCGCCAGAUCCAGGAGAGGGACACGGCGCUGGCCGUCAUCAGCUCGGGCGACAAGAUCAAGCACGACGACAAGUGGGCGAGCAAGCAGAAGGACCUGACGGGGCUGACUGACAAGCUGCUGGGCUGGGACAUUGUCGACGGGGCACCCCACGAAGUGUGGCGGACGCUGGAAGGGCGGGAGAAGAUUGAGAAAAGGCUGAAGAAGAUGGUCUAA